AUGAAAUUUUACGGCGUAUUCAGUAAAGGAAGCAAGAUAAAUCAAAUAAUAUGUGCUGUUUUAAUAAACUUGCCUGUUUUGGCUUACGGCGCCAGCAUAGGAUGGAUGUCUCCGAUGAUGUUACUACUACAAUCUGAAGAUUCACCAAGAAGGAUUCCUCUCACAGAUGCUGAGGUGUCAUGGAUGGCAGCUGUUCCUUAUCUAUUCUGCAUUCCAUUUAACUUUUUGGUAGCAAUCCUAGCUGACAAAGUGGGCCGAAAGUUAACCCUACUCCUAAUAUCUGCUUCUGGAUGUGUCAGUUGGAUUCUACUGCUCAGUUCCUUCAACACUUGGGCACUGAUUUUAUCGAGAUCACUUGUCGGUAUCACAAUGUCAGGAGCUUAUGUCACGUGUACUACAUAUACUAAGGAAAUAAGUGAUGAUAGUAUUCGAGGAACUCUAGGAUGUUUGAUAACACUAUUUCAAACUAUAGGAAGUCUAUUCCUUUACGUAGUUGGAGAUUUGUUGGAUUACGACAAGAUUCUCUGGAUUUGUCUAUCAGUACCAGUCUUACAUAUGAUUUUGUUCCUGUUCAUGCCCGAUUCACCUUCAUAUCUCGUAAAGAAAGGCAAUAUUGAGGGUGCAACAAAGGCUAUCGCCUGGCUUCGAUGUAAGCCAAUAACAGAUCCAGAAAUUACAGAAGAAUUGACUCUAUUAACAAACCAACAACAAAAAGAUGAAGAAGAUAAUCAAUUCUUAUUAAAAACAAUCUUUACCGACAAAAUUCUAUGUAGAGCCUUUCAAAUUUCGAUGAUAGUAACAUUAUCCAGAGAAUUUGGUGGCGCAGUACCUCUUCAGACAUUUGCUGGAGAGAUCUUCACAUUAGCUUCAAAGGACAAAGCUUUAAUACUUAGUCCAAAUCAACAGGCUAUGAUGCUGGGUGGUGUUCAAGUUGUUGGUUCAAUCCUUGUGUCAGGUGUCAUAGACAUAUCGGGCCGAAAGCCUCUUCUCUUAGCUUCAGCAUUGAUAUCUGGACUUAGUAUGUGCACACUAGCUACAUGGUUCUUGAUACGUGAUUAUGGAAUAUUAGCACCAUCAUGGGUACCAAUAUUGACUCUUUGCAUAUGUAUCUUCUGCGAUUCCUGUGGUCUUUCUCCCAUGUCCUAUGUGUUGGUGGGCGAGAUAUUCUCUUUUAAGUAUCGUGGAUCAGUUAUGGCGGCUGCUAUGUCCGCUGCAUCACUAGCGGAUUUUUUCGAACUACUGUUCUUCAAACCGCUUGCUAAUUCAGUUGGCAUACAUGUGGCAUUCUACUUUUUCGGUAUAGUUUGCUUUUUGAUGGCUGCAUACGUCUUAUUAGUUAUACCGGAGACAAGAGGCAGGCCCCUUACAAAUAUCUACAAGGAUCUCAUAAAGAAGAAUGAUUUAGAAACAAUAAACAUG